AUGGCUCCCUCAGUACCUGUAAAGAUCAUUCUCGGCACCCACAUGGUGGGCAGCAAGGUCAACAGCCCCGGAAUUGCUCAUUUCGACAGCCCAGAAGAAGUUCAAGCUCUCUUAGACGCAUUCUACAACCGGGGCUACAGGGACCUCGACACCGCGCGCAACUACGCCGGCUCCGAGGAGCGCCUCGGGCGAGCCGGGGCCGCGUCGCGAUUCGUCAUCCACACCAAGGUCAAGGACGGGCUUCCCGGGUCCCACGAGCCCGCGAAGAUCGAGCAGAGCAUCAAGAUAUCCCUCGAGGACCUCAAGACCCCCAGCGUGGAGACUAUGUACCUGCACGUGCCCGACCGCCAGACGUCCAUCGAGGACGCGGCGAAGGCGAUCAACGAAGGCGUCAGGCAGGGCAAGUACAAGCGAUUCGGACUGUCCAACUACACCGAGGACGAGGUGCAGAAGUUCAUCGACGUCGCCGAGGAGAAGGGCUAUGCGAAGCCGAGCUUGUACCAGGGGCAUUACAACGCGCUGGUCAGGGGAGGCGAGAAGGCGCUGUUCCCGCUUUUGCGUAAACACAACAUCUCCUUUUUUGCCUACAGUCCUGCCGCAGGCGGUAUUUUCACCGGCAACGCCGGAAAAUCCGCCAUCUCAUCGCGGUGGAAAGACGACAACCAAAUCGGACGACUAUACAGCACCGUAUACGGGCAGCCCCCGGUGCAGGCAUCCGUCGACGUGGUCCGAGCGGCCGCAGAGAAAUACGGGAUCAGCGGACACGCGGCUGCGCUGCGGUGGACGACGUUCCACAGUGUGCUGGACGGAAAGUAUGGCGACGGCGUCAUCUUCGCUGCUUCGAAUUUAGAUCAGUUGAAAAAGACGCUUGAUGCGCUUGAGGCCGGACCGCUUCCUGCUGAGCUUGCGGAUGCUAUUGAGGCUGUUUAUGCUACGGUUGAGGGCUCUGGACCGCCUUAUCAUCUGUAG